UCCUCAGCGACAGGGGCAGAGACCCUCCGCCUUGGGGGGGGGGGAUCGGCUCUUAGCAGCUCUCUAGCUCCGGGGGGCUUCGUGUGGGAAGCGGAGAGCUUUCCUACAGGGGUCCCUGAGAGCUGUCGGGGGUGGGGGGGGGGGGUUGUGGGGACCCCCAGUAGCCUGCGUGGGUGUGCGGGAGGAAGGCCCGCUGUGGUAGGUGGCAGGUUGGGUCUCUGGUGGUGUGGGGAUGGCUCGGCGUGGCUCAGAGGCCGUCCGUUCCAUGUGGGCAGCGAUCCCGAUGGCUGCGGGGAAAGCUCAGGGAUCCUAACAGGCAGGUGGGCAGUUGAGAGAGACCCCCCGGCUACCGAGAGACCUCGGCUCGGGUCUCAGAGAUCCCUUCACUGGAUCCGCCAGCUUUAUUUUUGGCAUCCCAGAUUCGCCAGCCGUACAGCCAGGCCGCCGACCGCGAGGGACUGCUGGGGCCAAGGGCGGACCUCGACGCGUGAUGCUCUCCCAGCAGCCGUGGUGGAGGGACGAGGACUUCAGCUCGGGACGCCCAGGGGCCAGCCGUGCUCCAGCACACUCAGCAGCAAAGACCAAUACCUGAAGAGCAGGCUGCGAAGGAACCUGGUAUUAAACAGGGGAAUGAAGUGGGAAGAAGGUGUUUUCUCAUCCUGUGGUGGCUGUCCACAUGAAGCUCUCCUGAGCCCCUUAACUUGAGCAAGAAGAGUUAAACAGCUGUGGCAGGGCAGCCUGGGGAGGGCUGCUGGUGAACCCUGGCAGCUGACUUGCACGCUUGGUCUCUGCUCCGUUCUCUGAAGCAUCUCAGAAAUUUCCUUGGCUCCUCUCCUAACCAGCUCCACGUGGAGACCCGGGGUGGAAGAGAGACUGCCAGGACUGCCCUGCAGCCUGGUGUGGGUCAUGGGUUUUGCACCCGUGCCACUGAUGUCAGAAUAAUGUGAGACUGGACUGAACCAGGCAUGACAAACCCCAGGAGUUUGCACAAACCCCUCUCCCAUUUGGUGUAGCUGAAACCUCGAAUGGCAGAGAGAUGGGGCAGGCACAUCAUUUGGCAUGGUCUGAAUUGUGACUCUCCCGUGCCUGUAGCUGGUAACAGCCAUGUCAGCCCAAAAGGACAGAUGGGUUUCUUCCUUCUUUUUCCUGCUUUUCUGUGCUUCCUCCAUCCCAACACGGGGAAGUGUGAGGCUGCUGCAGGAGCUGAGCCCGCAGGAGUAUUUCAGUAGCCUGCAAGCCGGCAGAGCAUCCCUGAGUUAUUUCAGCCAUAAUGUUUCUCCUCGUGCCCAGCCCUUCUUGGAGCAGAUUGAGAACUCGGCCGAGGCCCUCCAGGACUAUGGCAUUUCAGUGGUGAAGGUGAAUUGUCCCAAAGAGGAUGUCUCAAGAUACUGUGUAAAAGAAAAUGCAUUAAGGAAAGCCUACCUGUUCAGAGGUAACGUGCUGAUCAGAGAGUUCCCCACUGAUGCCUUGUUUGACGUGAACUCCAUUGUUGCUAACGUUUUGUUUGCCCUGCUCUUUAACGAAGUUAAAUAUGUUGAAACACUGGCAGAUCUUCAGAACAUUGAAAAUGCAUUGAAAGGGAGGUCGAACAUGGUCUUUGCCUAUGUACCAGCUACUGGGACAGCAGAGCACAGAGCUGUGAUGGAGGCAGCUUUUGUCUAUGGGACUGUCCACCAGUUUGUUCUGACAACUGAGGCAACGCUGUUGAAAGACACCAGCAAUGAUGAGCCUGAUGUGUCUUCUGCCCGGCUGUUGUUCUGCCACUGCCAGCGGACCACGGACCUGGCGCAGCCCUGCAGGAGGACGGCCAUGGAGCAGGCUCUGACGAUGCUCAACAUCCACAGGCACCUCAAGCUCAUGGGGGCUCCUCUGGUGACAGAGGUCACUGAAGACCCAGAGAAGGUUUCCACCGUUCACUUACAGCUUGGGCUACCACUUGUGUUCAUCCUCAGCCAGAAAGAGACCUAUGAGGCUGACAGGAGGACAGCAGAGUUUGUGGCCUGGCAGCUCUUGGGAAAAGCAGGAGUUGCCCUUUUGUCCAGGGACCUCGUAGAUUUGAACGUUCUGCUCCGGUCAAACGUUGCUCUCAAGACACCAGAUGAGGGAGUGCCAAUCAAAUACCUGGUCUUGGAAGACACUGAUGAAGUUAUAACCCUGGUGGAAAAUAAGAGCAAGGUCGAACAAAUCCAGGAGGAUGAGGAGGAGGAGGAGGAAGAUGAGGGUGAAAAAGAGAAUAACAAUCAAGACAUUCAGGAUGAUCAGGUGGUGGAAGCAGUUUCCAGGGACAAGAAGCGAGAGCUGCCCCUGGAGCAGAUCCGUGCCCUGACGGAGGAGACCUUCCACUCUGCCCUCUUGGAGACUGCCCGGACAGUGGUGCUGUUUUAUGCCAGCUGGGAGGCAGUGUCCCUGGCAGUGCUGCGGUCUUACACCGAGGUGGCCGAUCACCUGAAAGGAACUCGAGGGGUUUUGCUGUCUCGAAUAAACUGCUGGGACUGGCCUGGCAUUUGCACAAAGGAGAAUGUCACUCAGUUUCCUGCCAUCAAGAUUUACAAGAAGGGAGAGCGAUCAGUCAUGUACGAUGGCAUGUGGGGAACCGAAGAACUGACCAGCUUCAUCAUGCUGAGCCGAGUUUCCUGCCCUCUGAAGCUGGCCACAAUUGAGGAAGCUGAAGGAUACUUAAGAGGAGAGUUUCCGUCUGAGCUGUCAUCCUAUCACCACACUUCGCUUCUAGGAGUAUUUAGCACAGCCACGAGUGAAGCCAGGGAAGCUUUCGAAGAGGCAGGAAACAUCUUAGGCGGCCAUGUAACAAUGGGGAUGUAUUUCGAAGAUGAUGCCUUGGCUUUAUCCCGUAAAUAUGCAGUGUCUCCCCCAGCCCUCCUCCUUGCCAGGAGCGGAGGUCGGAGCGUGGAAGGCAUCGCUUUGUCCAAACAGAGCAUGCAGGACAUGGUGCAGAUGAUCAGAUAUGAAUUGCUGGACAUUUUUCCAGAAAUCACCGUGCAAAAUCUGCCCCGCUACUUGCAACUCAGAAAGCCCUUCCUCAUCUUAUUCAGCGAUGGUGACAUUGGUCAAAUGGAAAGCAAGGAAAUGCUGAAGCUGGCAAAAGGAAGACCCCAGCAAGCGUUUGUGGCUUGCUGGUUGAACUUGAGGAAGACUCCAGUGGGACGCGGGGUCCUGAAGGCGUACUUUGCCACCAUGCCUUCGCUGCCUGUUCUCAUCUGGGUGAAGCUUCAUGCCGGGGGUCAGGUAUUCAAGUUCCCAUCAGAGCAGUCCAUCACUGAAAUGAACAUCUUGUCUUGGCUGGAGAAGCUAAAAGCAGGACUGGAGAUUCCCAGCAGUACCUUGUCUGAGGAGGACUGGAAACCCCCUCUCCCUGCUUAUGACUUCCUUCAGAUGAUGGAGACUGCCGUGCCCAAGCUCCCCCUCCACACCUCCCACCGCCGUGGGGACACACCGGCGCGGCGCCCGCCCGAAAAUCCAGGAGGGGACAUCACGGUCCAGGAGGAGCCGUCCCAGGACACCAAGGCAGAGAAAGUCGUGUCCCCCGGGAGGGACCUUCGGGGGACAGUCCCGAGGCUGGCAGCAAGGGAGAAGCAGAGCAAGAGACACAGCGAGCUCUGAGAGCUGGGCAUGCCCCUGCUGGGGGCAGUGAAAGAUGUGGGACGGUGCCCAGAAAACCUUCUCACUUUCCCAGCCCAACGUGAGCCUUUACAGCAAGGAGUGAAGUGCUUUUAGCAGUAAAUUUAUGGUGAAGGGAUAAAACAGCCCCUAAGUCUCAGUGUGAGCUCCCUGCUGCAGUGUGCUGGUCAUUCUGCAGUGGCUGUGAUUUCUGAUGCCAGAAACGUGUCCGUACACCCCACACCUUGGCCCCCCCAGCUGCUCCUAGGAUUGCAUUGCACAGCAAGCAGCAAGAGCAGAUCUGCAGGGAGGUUGCUGCGAGGAAGCUCAGCCCACCCCAUAGCUGGGGGAGAGAUGGUGUAGGCUCACCACGUGCUGGAAGCUCGCCUGUGCAACAAGCUAUACUGGAAAAGUCAGUGCAGCCCUGGUCUAUAGUUUCUGUAUGUCUCACACAGGCACUUUGGUUACCCCUGAGCAAGAAGGCGUGAGUGAUUCCAGGACAAAGCAUUUUCUGUCCCCAUGGUUGCAGUAGCUGCUCUACUGAUGCGUGUCGGCAAGCCCUGCUCUCAAAAAGUGAUUAUAUCUGCACUGUACCCAUGUGGAGCUGGGAGGGCAAGCGUGCCACCCACUCCAGGGCUGCUUAAACUGGCACCCACUUGUGUUUACACCUGACUCGUGAACUGAAUUCAUGAGCGUGUUCAUCCUCGGGACUAAGAGGAAUAUCUGGUUAAAGCAGUUUUAUUACAAAGGCCAGAGCUCAGGUCAUCACAACAGCCGUGAAUAGCUGGGACAAAAAUCUGCCAGAAAAUCCCAAGGGCAGGCAGGUCGGAAGGUGGCUUUGCUCAAUGCUGGCAUUUUCUUGGGUACAAGCCUGGGGGGUUAUUUUCAGCCUCGAUUUUUCUUUGCUGUCGGUGACAGCAGCAAGGUUGGUACCUCCUGAGCUGGGGACGGUGCAGGGAGUGAGGUCUGCAGAAAGCCCAGCGCUUUGGAAACGAGGGGAGGGAGAUGAAGGGCAAGGCCGGCAGUGCUGGAGACAGACCCUUCUGAGGUGGGAUGGAGCUGCUUCACAUCCAUAGCUAGAUGGGGAGACGCAGGACCUGGGGAAGUGGCUUUCCAGCCUCUGCCCAUCUCCUGGGGACAGCAAAAAGUCUGUUGUUCCUGGGUGGAGGACCUGAGCCUGCAGGCCAGCGUGGGAUGUGGGCUGGGGAGGGCCGUGUGUUUGGAGGGAAGCUUUGUCUAAUCCCACCCAUGCCAUGAUCAUCUUCCCACCCCCUUCAAUAAGCAUCUGCUCCCUUCCACAGCACCGCUGAGAGGUGCCAGAAGGGUUGGAUCCUCCUCCUCCUCCUCCUUAUGGCUCUGAAGUUACUGGGGAGGGGAAAAAUUGACGGUAAGGAACUGCCGAGAGCAUUGUAAAGUCUGCAUUGCUUGUCCUGUAAGCAGCCCACAUGGUUGGGAGUAUUUUGAGAUGUCCAGAAAUAGACCAUUAGUCCUGGGCUCUCCUUGAAGCCCUUAAUUGAAACAGACCAUUUUUGGACUUAAUGACAGGCUUAGAGCCAAAAUGUAUGUAUUUAAAGUAAUAAAAUGUAGCAUGCAGAUCGGAGGCUGCCAUGCAGCUGAGCAUUCCCAAGGGAAGGAGUAGGUCAGGGCGCGAACAGAUCCUCCAUGAGUUCCCGUCAUUCCUCUUCUGUAUAAGGUCGUUACACUGCUGGGCUCUACGAGCUGUACGUUGGUCGUUUCCCACCCUGUCCUUAAUGACGCCACUGCUGCCGUUACAGCAUCGCUCUCCCACUUGGUGCAGGUGAAGUGCGAUAAUUGGGCUUGUCAUUGAUGUCUUAAAUAAAUUCUAUCUCAAGUACAGUCAA